UUUCUUUUUCUCUCUGAUAUCUGCCAUUUCAUUUGUAUAUGUGGCAGCUGCGGGUGUUGUAGAAUUUUUCGUAAUUUCUCCACAUAUUAGCGAAGUUAUCAAGCCCUAUUUUUCCUUAAUGUAGAAAUAAAUCGAUUGUACUGCGAUUUCGAAGAGUCGCGUGUAAUUUAAAUCGGUCUAGUUAGAGUGAAGAUCCAGCAGCCAUGGCGCAAGUAUUGCCUAUUAGGUUCCAGGAGCACCUGCAGCUCACAAAUGUUGGCAUCAAUCCAGCAUCCAUUUCCUUCAACACCCUCACAAUGGAGUCGGACAAGUUCAUCUGCGUCCGGGAGAAAGUGGGGGAGACGGCGGAGGUGGUCAUCAUUGACAUGGCGGACCCCACCAAUCCUAUAAGGAGACCUAUCAGUGCUGAUUCGGCCAUUAUGAAUCCAGCCAGCAAGGUUAUUGCGCUGAAGGGGAAGGCUGGUGUUGAAGCCCAAAAGACACUACAAAUCUUCAACAUCGAGAUGAAGUCCAAAAUGAAGGCCCACACCAUGACCGAAGACGUGGUGUUCUGGAAAUGGAUAUCGCUGAACACACUGGCCCUGGUGACCAAGAUGUCGGUGUACCACUGGUCCAUGGAGGGCGACUCGACGCCCGUCAAGAUGUUCGACCGGCACUCGUCGCUCGCCGACUGUCAGAUCAUCAACUACAGGACCGAUCCGAAGCAGCAGUGGUUACUGCUUGUCGGUAUCUCCGCCCAGCAGAACCGCGUGGUAGGCGCCAUGCAGCUCUAUUCCGUAGAGCGCAAGUGCUCACAGCCCAUCGAGGGUCACGCGGCCUCCUUCGCCACGUUCAAGGCCGAAGGCAACGCUGAGCCGUCGACGCUGUUCUGCUUCGCCGUGCGGACCGCGCAGGGCGGCAAGCUCCAUGUCAUUGAGGUUGGACAGACGCCGGCGGGCAACCAGCCAUUCCCUAAGAAGGCCGUGGACGUGUUCUUCCCCGCCGAAGCGCAGAACGACUUCCCCGUCGCCAUGCAGGUCUCCCCCAAAUAUGACGUCAUCUAUCUCAUCACCAAAUACGGGUACAUCCACAUGUACGACAUCGAAACCGGGACCUGUAUCUACAUGAACCGCAUCUCUUCUGACACCAUCUUCGUGACGGCUCCCCACGAGGCCACUGGUGGCAUCAUUGGCGUUAACCGUAAAGGCCAAGUCCUCUCCGUGACAGUAGAAGAGGACUCCAUCGUGCCGUACAUCAACACGGUGCUGCAGAACCCAGAGCUGGCGCUGCGGUUGGCCGUGCGCAACAACCUGGCGGGGGCUGAGGAGCUGUUCGUCAGGAAGUUCAACAUGCUGUUCACUAACGCGCAGUACGGCGAGGCCGCUAAGGUGGCAGCAAUGGCGCCGCGCGGCAUCCUCCGCACCCCGCAGACCAUCCAGCGUUUCCAGCAAGUUCCAACCCAGCCCGGACAGACGUCCCCCCUGCUCCAGUACUUCGGCAUCCUGCUCGACCAGGCGCAGCUCAACAAGUUCGAGUCGCUAGAGCUGUGCAAGCCCGUCUUGUUGCAAGGUCGUAAGCAGCUGUUGGAAAAGUGGCUAAAGGAAGAGAAGCUGGAAUGCUCCGAGGAGCUCGGAGACCUGGUGAAGCAGGUUGACCCCACGCUGGCUCUGUCGGUGUACCUGCGGGCCAACGUGGCCAGCAAGGUCAUCCAGUGUUUCGCAGAAACCGGGCAGUUCCAGAAAAUUGUGCUGUAUGCUAAGAAGGUCGGCUACACGCCAGACUACAUAUUCCUGCUCCGGUCCGUGAUGCGCACGAACCCCGAGCAAGGCGCCGGCUUCGCGGGCAUGCUGGUCGCCGAGGACCCGCCGCUGGCCGACAUCAACCAGAUCGUGGACGUGUUCAUGGAGCAGAACAUGGUGCAGCAGUGUACCGCGUUCCUGCUGGACGCGCUCAAGAACAACCGGCCCGAGGAGGGGCCGCUGCAGACCAGGCUGCUAGAGAUGAACCUGAUGUCAGCUCCGCAAGUGGCGGACGCGAUCCUCGGCAACGCCAUGUUCACGCGCUACGACCGCGCGCACGUGGCGCAGCUGUGCGAGAAGGCCGGCCUGCUGCAGCGCGCGCUAGAGCACUACACCGACCUGUACGACAUCAAGCGGGCCGUGGUCCACACCCACCUGCUCUCAGCCGAAUGGCUGGUCACCUACUUCGGCAGUCUGUCCGUCGAGGAUUCCCUCGAGUGCCUCAAAGCCAUGCUCCAGGCCAACAUCCGUCAGAACCUGCAGAUCUGCGUCCAAAUCGCCACCAAGUAUCACGAGCAGCUGACCACGAAGGCGCUCAUUGAGCUGUUUGAGAGCUUCAAGACUUACGAAGGCCUCUUCUACUUCCUGGGAUCCAUUGUGAACUUUAGCCAGGAUCCGGAAGUCCACUUCAAGUAUAUUCAGGCCGCCUGCAAGACCGGUCAAAUCAAGGAGGUGGAGCGCAUCUGCCGCGAGUCCAACUGCUACAACGCGGAGCGUGUCAAGAACUUCCUGAAGGAGGCCAAGCUGCCCGACCAGCUGCCGCUCAUCAUUGUGUGCGACCGGUUCGACUUCGUGCACGACCUCGUGCUGUAUCUCUACAGGAACAGCCUGCAGAAGUACAUCGAGAUCUACGUGCAGAAGGUGAACCCGUCGCGUCUGCCUGUUGUGGUGGGCGGUCUGCUGGACGUGGACUGCACCGAGGACAUCAUCAAGAACCUCAUCCUGGUGGUGCGAGGACAGUUCUCCACUGACGAGCUCGUGGCUGAGGUCGAGAAGAGAAACAGGCUGAAGCUGCUUCUGCCUUGGCUGGAGACCCGCGUGCACGAGGGCUGCAACGAGCCCGCCACGCACAACGCGCUCGCCAAGAUCUACAUCGACUCCAACAACAACCCGGAGCGGUUCCUCAAGGAGAACCAAUGGUACGACUCCCGCGUAGUCGGCAAGUACUGCGAGAAGCGCGACCCGCACCUCGCCUGCGUCGCCUACGAACGUGGACAAUGCGAUAGAGAGCUGAUCGCUGUGUGCAACGACAACUCGCUGUUCAAAACGCAGGCGCGCUACCUCGUGCGCCGCCGCGACCAGGAGCUGUGGCUCGAGGUGCUGGCCGAGUCCAACCCCUACAAGCGGCAGCUCAUCGACCAGGUUGUCCAAACAGCUCUCUCAGAAACUCAAGACCCAGAAGACAUCUCAGUGACAGUGAAGGCGUUCAUGACCGCCGAUCUGCCUAAUGAGCUCAUAGAACUGCUCGAGAAGAUUGUGCUCGACAACUCCGUGUUCUCCGACCAUAGGAACCUGCAGAACUUGCUUAUCCUGACAGCAAUAAAGGCGGACCGCACCCGCGUGAUGGAGUACAUCAACCGGCUGGACAACUACGACGCGCCCGACAUCGCCAACAUCGCCAUCAACAACGAGCUCUACGAGGAGGCCUUCGCCAUCUUCAAGAAGUUCGACGUUAACACCUCUGCUAUCCAGGUGUUAAUAGAACAAGUGAAAGACCUGGAGCGUGCGAACGAAUUCGCGGAGCGCUGCAACGAGCCCGGCGUGUGGUCGCAGCUCGCCAAGGCCCAGCUCCAACAAGGGCUGGUGAAAGAGGCCAUCGAUUCCUACAUCAAGGCCGAUGACCCCUCCGCAUAUAUGGACGUCGUCGCCACCGCUACACAGGAGCAGUCGUGGGACGACCUCGUCAGAUACCUGCAGAUGGCCCGCAAGAAGGCGCGCGAAUCCUACAUCGAAUCGGAACUAAUCUACGCAUACGCCCGCACCGGCCGCCUCGCCGACUUGGAAGAAUUCAUCUCCGGGCCUAACCACGCCGACAUACAGAAGAUCGGAGACCGCUGCUUCGACGACAAGAUGUACAACGCGGCGAAGCUGCUGUAUAACAACGUCAGCAACUUCGCCCGGCUCGCCAUCACGCUCGUGCACCUCAAGGAGUUCCAGGGCGCGGUGGACAGCGCACGCAAGGCCAACUCCACACGCACGUGGAAGGAGGUGUGCUUCGCGUGCGUGGACGCGGGCGAGUUCCGGCUGGCGCAGAUGUGCGGCCUGCACAUCGUCGUGCACGCCGACGAGCUCGAGGACCUCAUCAACUACUACCAGGACCGAGGCCACUUCGACGAGCUGAUCAGCCUGCUGGAAGCAGCACUCGGAUUGGAGCGCGCACACAUGGGCAUGUUCACAGAGCUGGCCAUCCUCUACUCCAAGUACAAGCCCGCCAAGAUGCGGGAGCAUCUCGAGCUGUUCUGGUCCAGGGUCAACAUCCCCAAGGUUCUGCGCGCGGCCGAGCACGCGCACCUGUGGUCCGAGCUGGUGUUCCUGUACGACAAGUACGAGGAGUACGACAACGCCGCGCUCACCAUGAUGCAGCACCCCACCGAGGCCUGGCGGGAGGGACACUUCAAGGACAUCAUCACUAAAGUCGCAAACAUGGAGCUAUACUACCGUGCCAUCCAAUUCUACCUGGACUACAAACCCCUCCUCCUCAACGACCUGCUGCUGGUGCUGGCGCCGCGCAUGGACCACACCCGCGCCGUGAGCUUCUUCACCAAGGCCGGCCACCUGCAGCUGGUGAAGGCCUACCUGCGCUCCGUGCAGAGCCUCAACAACAAGGCUGUUAAUGAGGCGCUCAACUCGCUGCUCAUCGACGAGGAGGACUACCAGGGACUACGGACAUCAAUAGACGCGUUCGACAACUUCGACACAAUCGCGCUCGCGCAGCAAUUGGAGAAACACGAGCUCACAGAGUUCAGAAGAAUCGCCGCGUACCUAUACAAAGGAAACAACCGGUGGAAGCAGUCAGUGGAGCUAUGCAAGAAGGAUGCCCUGUACGCGGACGCCAUGGAGUACGCGGCCGAGUCGCGCCAGCCCGACGUGGCCGAGGAGCUGCUCGACUGGUUCCUGCAGCGCGACAACUACGAGUGCUUCUCCGCCUGCCUCUACCAGUGUUACGACCUAUUGAAACCCGACGUUGUCAUCGAGCUGGCGUGGAGGCAUAACAUCAUGGACUUCGCCAUGCCUUUCCUCAUCCAGACUGUCCGCGAACUGACGACGAAAGUAGAAAAACUGGAGGAAGCGGACGCGAAGCGCAGCACGGAGAGCGCCGAGAACGACACCAAGCCCGCCAUGAUGAUGGAGCCGCAGCUCAUGCUCACCGCCGGCCCGUCGAUGGCGUACCCCGGCGUGCCGGCGCAGGCGUCGCCGUACGCGUACGCCGCGCAGGCGCCGUCGCCCGCGCCCUACCACGGCUACGGCAUGUAGGGCGCCGCCCGCCCGAGCCCGCCCCGCAGGCCCCGGCACUUCUGAGCACCCGAGCCCGACACGGGACCCAUACGGGACGAGGAUCCCACUUUUAUCUCAGAUCUACCCUAACUUUAAUUCAAAAUCAUUUAGAUGUUAUGUCAGUAAUAUCUCUGACGUCCUUUUGCAAAACUCCCCCGGGUAGAUGAACUAUGAUAAAAGUGAAUACCUAGACUUACGAUGUGUGGCGAAUGUUACGUUUCUCGCUGUUCUCGGCUAGAAAAUAGGGAAGAACGUGUAAGCUACUAAAAUGUUUGACGCUAGUCAUGUUUGUAGCAAAUUUGAACAUUAUUAUGAUUAAAAUAAGAUUCAUUCUUAUUUUAUCUCCCGCCCAUCUCGUAAGUCUAGGAGUGUGAAGACGUAAGAAUGGCAAUCGAAUGCGAGUAGCGCCGUAGAUUACUCAUCGAUCGUCAUUUCAUGUCCGUAUAAGUUUCUAUAGAGUCCCGGGUCCGCGGUCUCGAUGUAAAGACGCAAUGGAUACUCUCUCUAUGCACUUCCGACCGGAGAUACACCGUUCCGACCGUUGGCUAUGUAUGAUAAGUGAAAACUCUCCCGCGCCCCUGCCGAGGCCUAAGUUACGCUCUAGUAUUCUAUUUAGUAUUCUCAUUUUGUAAAAAGUUAUUUACGUCGUAAGUGCAUAGAGAUACCUUUAAGAUUUACGAAUAGAUUAGCGGUUGGGCUGACGACUAGAACUAUAUAAAAUGUUGGCCUGUACAAAAUUAUAAUAUAUUUGAUGGUAAAGUAGCUCUCGUGACUACAAAGUGCUUUAUUUUUAAAAUGGAUUGAGAGUUUUAAUAGAUGAUCGGUCUGUCGGCCGUUGGUUUUGCGUAGUUGUUCGCGUUAGGCCGCGCGCACACGAUCAUACCACCGCGAGUUAUAAAAGCGGCGCUAUAGGGUUUGUGUAAUCGUUUAAGUGUGUUUAAAGCCAAUGUUAAAAGGGUUGCCAUGAGGGUGGACUGUUAAUAGUUGAUCAUUCAGCUUCUAUGACACAUCCAUCGAAGCUUGAAUCUAUCACUAGAUUGCAUAACUUUCAAUGUAUCGUAAUAUCGAUACCGAGCAACAUUGUCACUCAUUCAUGAUACGUUUACAACCGAAAGGCCAAGUUAUAUGUUAUUUGAGGUGUACGCGAGUGGAGCCGCGACCUGUCCGAAAUCUAAAUUAAUAAAUUAUUGAAAUGGAUACUUUAAAUAUGAUUAUUUGUCAAUGUUAUCAAAUUGUAUGUUAGUUUUCAUUUAUUAUUUUUAUAUUACUGAAAAGACUAGUUGAAAUGUUCAUAUAAACAGAUCUAAAAAAUUCAAUCGAACAACAAUUUAUAAAAUAGUGCAAUAAUAAUACUUAAAUCAUAUUAUAACCGAAUACCAACGAAUAAAAUGCAUGCACUAAAUUUAUCUUCAAUAUUAAUGUACAAAAACACUAUAUUUCGAGAGUUCACAUCGUUUGUAUGUAUAUAAUGCUUUCACAUGUCUAGACUCGGCCAAAACUGGUCGAUUACAGGAAUUCUUUGAAGUUACGAGUGUCGUAACGGUUUUUAAUUUCUAGAUACGUUUAGGUUUAGUUUAGGCGAAAUUAGUGGUAUGAUGUUAUUUUUGAGUAAAAUGUUGAACUGUGUGCGACGUAUACACAACACGCUUUAGUUGCGUCCGUAUCGCACUGGGAAUGAUGCCUUCGCUAGAUAAGUCAAAUAUAUCUCUUAUGAAGCGGCCGAGCCAGCUGCACUGACGAAUAUCAGCGUUAAACAUAGGAACAUCCUGUGCCGACUUAUAUAUAUGUUGGUUACUUGCGCCAUAUUCGCUGGUAGGGCUUGCAUGCGUCGGCCCGCGAGGCAUUCUGGGGAACCUUAGCCUUUUAUGUAUGUUACAUUUUUGUAUACACUUUAUUAUUUCGAGAGAUUCAUAUUUUACCCAGUUUCACGCGGAAUGACCCCAGAAAUGCCUUAUUACUCUUAGAAUACGUAGAUUGCAUUCAUUUGUAAUUCAUUCUGUAUCUGAAAGGCAUUCGGUCGCAAAGACAAAUCACCAGAAUGUAUUAAAUUGGACUAAUAAUGCUUUUCAGAUACAGAAUUCUUACUUAUUGAUGUUAAUAAAUCAUUGAUGUUAAAAUGAUUCAUUCAAAUCAUUCCUAUCACAUUAUGAUAAUAAUAAUAGCAAUUGUUAUAUGUUCAUUUCUUUCGUAAUAUUACAUCUUUAACAUAAACUUUUGUGGAAAGAAAGUUAAUUGUUCUAUUAUUAAUAUUGUAUUUAUUCAUGUAUGAUAAUGUUUUCCUGAAUUUAAUUAUAGUAAGAAAUAAAUAUUAAUAAACUAA